AUGGAAAUUUUGAUGUUUCAUCCUGAGACCCAUCACGCUACUCGACAGUUUUCUUUUUGUGAAACUCCAACAGGCAAUCAAACACUUUUCCGCCUUGGAGCUUUCUGUGAAUUCUGUUACUUCGAGCGUUGUAGGAACAUGUGUAACGAACACAUCUUACAUGGUAAUUUAGUUCCGUCAAUAACUGUAACGAUAAGUGAUAACGAACUGCUGCCAGCUUUAGAGACAGCAGACAUGAAUGUUGAUGAUAUAGCUGAUUUAUGUGUAUGUGAAAACUGA